UUAAACAAAAAUCUGCCCUUAUCUAGAGUCUUUAUGAAGCCCGUUGCACACAGUCGCGAGUGACAGGCUUAUCAACAGACGUGAUGGCUUUGGCAGAUCCCGAGUGUGGAAUAUCAAACGGCGCGGAUUCCGCCUCCCCGUUUUCUGACAUUAUUGAACUAAAUGUGGGAGGACAAGUGUAUGUGACACGGCACACGACUUUAAUAGCCGUGCCGGAUACUCUUCUGUGGGACAUGUUUAGUAAGAAAACACCGACAGAGCUGGCACGGGACAGCAAAGGUCGCUUCUUUCUGGACAGGGACGGCUUUCUUUUCCGAUACAUUUUAGACUACCUACGGGAUUUAAAUCUGGUUUUGCCUGACUAUUUUCCAGAGAAGAGCAGAUUACAGCGGGAGGCUGAGUUUUUUCAGCUGCGGGACCUGUCCAAGCUCUUGAGUCCCAAUAUGAGUAAAGACAACUCCAUCACCGAUGAGAUCUGCCAGAGUGACUCGGAGGAACCGAGCGCGCCUCCGCUUCUGGGACCCGACGCCUCGCGCACAGUGUCCGUCGCUGUCACCACUCACUCGCCCUCCCUCGAGUCCAAAAAGUCGGGCUACAUCACAGUCGGUUACCGGGGCUCAUACACAAUCGGAAGAGACAUUCAGACGGACGCCAAAUUCAGGCGAGUCGCGAGGAUCACGGUGUGCGGGAAGACCUCUCUGGCUAAGGAGGUGUUUGGAGACACUUUGAACGAGAGCAGAGACCCGGACCGUCCUCCGGAGAGGUACACAUCGCGCUAUUAUCUGAAAUACAAUUUUCUCGAGCAGGCGUUUGACAAACUGUCAGAGUUUGGCUUCCAUAUGGUCGCGUGCAGCUCCACUGGCACGUGCGCUUACUCUAGCAACGACCCAAACGAGGACAAAACCUGGACAAGCUACACAGAGUAUGUUUUCUGUCGAGAAUAAGCCAAAAUGUGUCGCAUUUAAGCGUGUACAGUAUAUAGGCAUUCAACUACAAGAGUAAAGUUUCAUCCGUGCUGGAGAGGUGUAGCCUAUUGGAGUUAUUCUUAUUCAUAAAUUUCUAGUUGUGUGCCUAAUAAAAUUGGCUGUUUACUCCGAGACUUUUUAAAUAGCCUACUACAUGUAUUACUAGUAUUAACACACGCAGAUUAACUAGCUAUCAUUGCACUUCUCUUCAUAGCUUCGUUUUGUUUGCAGAUAAAGUAAUAUUCAGAUUUGAGCCUCUGUUUGUAAAAAGUCCCAGAUGUGUUUUGUAUUUGCAUGCAUUUUAAUAAAUAGUUUUCUUCCCGGAUCAAUGAUUUAACGGACGAUUCCACUUGGAGGAAAUAUAAAGUCUGUUACUGACACAUUAGGUAACAUUUUGGAAAUAUGUGUCAUUCAGCAUCCUUUGUGUUCAUCAGACUGUAGAUCUCAAUUACACUUUUCCUUCAAUUUCAGUUUCAUCUUUUCACUGUGAAUAACCCACUAAAACCGAAAAGUUUAAUUGCUGCCUUAAUAUCUUUGGUCAAAUUAAAGUGGUGCCAAAGUUACCCUAUAGUUGAUUCAUUGCACUUUUUUGACCACUUUAAAUUUCAGUACAGAUUGAGAAAAUGGAGUGUAACCUCUCAGAAUUUGAAAUCGAAAGAAACUACAGCUUUUUUAAAGUGAGACUAAUCUUUUUACUGCAUACAACUGUAUUGUAUUGAAUUUUGCACAUUUUUUGUUUGGGCGAAGAGUGGGAAUUUUUUUCUGUCGUCUUAGGUUUACUGUUUCUAUAUCUGUAUUACAAGUGAGAUCUCUCCUUUUUUUCCAGCAUUGUAAGCAUUUUAUAUCUGUUGUCUGUUUAAAAGCUGAUCAUUCAAUAAAUUGUAAUCUGUCAUAAUC